GGAUACUAUAAACACAGACCCCCCCAAGCAACAUCAUCCCCCAACAAUCACCACCACCCUCCAAAAAUAUCUCUCUCUCUCUCUCUCUCUCUCUCUCUCUCUCUCUCUCCUACCUACCUACCACAAGAAGAGGAAGAAGAAGAAGAUUCAAUCAUGGAUGGAUCUGAUACCUAUCAAAAGGAGAACUUCGACCGUCGAUCCACCUCGGCCAACCGCUCAGCGGCCCCGCCGUCCACCACCAGCGUCCACGUCUCCGCCCUCGACGGCAUCGUGAACGUCAACUCCCUCUUCACCAUCGCCGUCUUCGUGGGCCUAUCCCUCGCCUCCCGGGACCAGCACAGCCUCGAGAACCCCUCCGCCUGCGACGCCGGCGUCGACGCCGCCAAACACCUCCUCUUAUUCGAAGUGGUCUCCUUCAGCUUCUUCCUCUUCUCCUCCCUGGUGGCCCAGGGCCUCAAACUGGCCAUCAACCUGAAGAACAGCACCGACGUCGACGAGGCCUUCUGGGCCCACAUUAACAUUAAGGUUUUGAGGUUCGGGAUGCUGGCGUCGGCCGUCGGGUCGGUGAUGGGGUGCCUUUUUCUGAUGCUGUCGAUGGUGAAUAUGAUCGAGAUACGGCUGGGGACGAUGGCCUGCGGCAGCAGGUCGGCGGUGCACGCGGUGGCGGCGCUGGUUGUCCUGGUGUCCUCUGGUCUGCUUGUUUAUAUAACUAUUUCUGUAUAUGCAUUUCUGCAUUAGAAAAUCUUUUUAACUAGUUGUUUACGGAACCAAUCGCGAACGAGAUGUUAAUAAAAAAAAUUCGAAAACAGUUUAAACUC